AUGGAGCGCAGAGGGGGCAGAAAGGGAUCGGGCUCGGGGAUGAAGAAGAAGGGCGGCAAGAAGGGCACCAGCGGAGCGGGGCAGAGCUCCGCCGGCAGCAGCAACAAGGGAACCAAGCGUAAGUUCCCGACCCUCGCCGGCAUGUCGUUCGCCCCUCUGCAGCAGAGCACCAGCAGCAACGUUAAGAAAAACAACAAGAGCAACAAGAAGCAGAAGCGCAACAACAACAACAACAACAACAAGCAGCAGCCCAAGGGCAAGGCCAACAAGAAAGAUUCCAAGCCUCCUCCGGCCCAAGCCAGCUCCGCUAGUGGGAGCGGCUACGCCGGGUGGGUGCCGCCACAGCGCCGCGGCGGGCAGGUGGCUGUGGAGGAGCUCGCCGGGGUGGGCCCGGCCGAGGCUCCGCAGCGUGUGUGGGAGCGGUACGUGGCCACGCGGCGGCCGGUGGUGCUCCGCGCGGGCCACCACCUGCUCGGCCCCGAGUGGCGGGCCUCGACCGAGUGGGCCAGCCUCGAGCGGCUGCGCGAGCGCGCCGGCUCGGCCGCGGUCAAGGUCGAGCGACGCGACAGCUCGCGCGGCCGGUUCGGCGAGGGCCGCGAAGUGCGCACCACGUUCGGCACCUUCCUCGACGGGCUCGCCGCGGGCGACGACCUGCACUACAUGACCACGCAGGACAUCACCCGCGACCCCGACGGCCGGCCGGAGAUCAUCGCGCCGCCGCUCACGCUGCUCGCCGACGACUUCCCGCUGCGGCCCGCGCUCAUGGGCCACCUGGUCCCGGCCAGCCUCAACCUGUGGAUGGGCAACAGCCGCGAGGGCUCCAUGAGCGGCCUCCACCACGACUACCACGACAACCUCUACGUGCUGCUCAAGGGCCGCAAGCGCUUCCAGCUCUUUCCGCCGUCCGACGCCGCGCGCAUGUACACGCAGGGCCGCAUCGUGCGGGUCCACCCGAACGGCCUGAUCAGCUACCAGCGGGGCGUGCGCUCGGACGGGGCCGACGCGGGCGUCGAGGCGGCGGUGGCCGCGGAGGAGGCCCACGCGCGGGCCGAGGAGGAGCUGGCGGCGGCCGAGGCGGCGGCGGAGCGCGGCGAGCCCGGGGCCGACGAGCGACUGCGCGCGGCCGAAGCUGCGCUCGAGUCAGCGCUCGACGACGUGCUGGCCGCACAGAUGGACGGUGACGACGAGGGCGAAGGCGACGGCGACGACGGAGACGACGAUGUCUUCGCCGGCAAGGACGACUUUGAUGACUUUGAUGAUGAUGACGACGACGAAGCCGCAACCACGAAGAAGCAGAAGAAGAACAAGAAAGAGAAGAACAAGAACAAGAGUGAAGAUGAAGAGGAGACCGAGAUGGUGAGAAUUAAGGACGCGGAUGGGAGCGGUCCGGCGCUGCCGCAAAACUUCAGCAAGGUGGACAUGACCCUGCCGGCCGACGAGCGCGAGGCCCGGUGGCCGCUCCUACGCGAGGCGUCGAUGAUCGAGUGCGAGGUGCGAGCCGGCGACAUGCUGUUUCUCCCCGCCGGCUGGUUCCACAACGUCACGUCCUUCAGCGACAACGACGCCGGCCUCCACAUGGCCUUCAACUACUGGUUCCACCCGCCAGACGCAAGCACCUACGCGCAGCCGUACCACAGCAACUUCUGGCAGCACGACUGGGAAGCACGCACACCGCAGCCCUAG